CAACAACAACAAAAAAUGUUAUGUUAUUUUAUGUGGUGUGAUAUGAGUUGGAGAAACAUGCUGGUACUGAAGUGCCCAUGCAUUUCUAACCGUUGUACCGAACAGUGUGCACGGGGAGUUUAUUACGGUGAGCAGCCCAACGUUGUGGUAAACAAAACCAAAUGAUCGGUGCUUUUAACUUUCCGACCCUCCCGUGACAGUCAGGGCAGCAGAGAACAAUGCAUAGAAGCUGACUACAAUGGUAAACUAUAUACUACAAUUCGUUUGAUAAAUGAGAGCUCUCUUACAAUUGUUCCAUUUUAUUUUGAAGACCUGUCCUUUUUUUUAAACAAACUUUUGUUUUAGAAAUUAAAUAGUCUUGUUUUGUCGCUUAAUUCUUUAUAUAUUUCUGUUAGAAGCGGUUGCACAUGUCUGGAAAUCAGAAUAUAUUUUAGCUGGUUACAUGCAAUAGGGCUAUUCAAUAAUGCGCUAUUAAUGUGUUUUUGAUGAACAGUCAACGAUAAAUAAUGACAUACAAAUGUAAUUCUCAACUAUACAUGCCUCCCUCCGACAUCUGUGUUUUGCUCAGUGUUCUUCCUUCGGAGUGUUUCCUGUAGCACAGAUAUGGCCAUAGCUUGGCCUUGAAGCGUCAUCUCUUAGCUCAACCAAUGACGGGUGCUCUCUACCAUUGUUUAACAACACCACAGUAAUGAAAGGUUUUGGAAGGCUGGAGUGUUCACAGACUGAUUUUAGGGUACUAUUUUGAUCUCCCUAAAGCUACUCAUACAGUUGGCUAUGUGUUGAGCUGGGUGAGUCGGACCUCCUCGCUGUUGUGAAGGACUCUGCACAUGGAUGACCUUCCAGGGUUUGAAGCCCCCCUGUGGCCCUGCCUCACUCUGUCAAACAGAGCUUUCUACAGCUGUGAAAACAUCAGGGCAUCCCCAGUGGGCAAAAACCGGUUGAAUCAACAUUGCAUUUUCUUGUUGAAAUGACAUGGAAGCAAUGUGAUGACGUUGAAUGAACAUGGAAUACUGUUUGAAUUUGAAAAAAGUUUAUCAACAUAACUGUUUCUAUACCCGACUUUUAAUCUAAAUGCAAUGACGUGGUCACAUUUUCUGUUGACUUCACCUUAGUAUGACAACUCAACCUAUUGUCAAUCAGAACUAGCCAAUGAAAUGACGUCUGUUCCCAGUGGGUCAUUUCUGCAGGCCUGGUCUCCUCACUGUGCCUGUAGACUGCACACUGGCCUGAGACAGCUGAGGGUUGGGAUUUAACACACAUUGUUGGAGUCUGUCUGCUUAACAAGCGUGCUAAAAAAACAUGGAAAAACCUUGGAGCUGUCUAACAAGGGAGAGUGUAUCAAAUGACAUCAUUCUGCAGCUGAGGAACACGUUCUUUGUUGCACAGGGAAAGUUUUUUUUGUUUUUUUUACACAUGAAAAGUCCCUUGUAUACAGUAGGCUUUGUUCUGUUAGCUACAAUACCUAAGUGAAGUGGAUUGAUUUUAAAGUGUCACCUUUUAACCUUGAUGUGACAAGCUGGAUACAAAGUCAUUCUGAGGGCUCUAUUCAAUCUGUACUGCUGAAGUGAUAGAAAAUGGAAAGGUAACUUCUGACAUAUGCAGCGUUUAUCGUGAAUGCAGUCUCCACCAACGAGGGAACAUUGCCUUUACAUUGCAAUCACACUAACGCAGCGAUACCGAUUGAAUAUAGUCCCUAGUCAUUAAGACAUCCCGAGGAUGCUGUUGUAAUGUUACAGAAUGCUCUUGGACCUUCAUCUUGAGGUGAUCUUAGGAAAUGCCAUUGAUUUUCCAUAUUGCCUUUUUGUAAGACUUUCAACCUUUAUGGUCAGUGAUGUACCGGCAAAAUAACCAAAACUAACAUGAUUUAUAAAAGUGGCAUUCAGACUUGACAUGAUUUGGUGAUGACUUUUAAAUGAAUCAUACAUGGGGUUUCUCACUCCCAUUGUCUAAUCCCACAACAGUGAUGUCAUUUCCUGCUAGACAAUAUGGGCCAAUCCCCAAGGAAUCCUGUAAUUCUAGUGUGUACCACAGGAUGUGCACUUCUAAGCUCCUCUAAGAUUCAUCAGUCUCUAGGCUGUCCAACUUCCUCUCUGACUUAAAGAGGCAGAGAAUGUUUCCCUGUACAUCCUGUUCCCACAAGCCAUGUUCUAAUGAACUCAGGAGCACUCGGUUGAGAAACCUCUCCAUAAAGCUGCUCGGAGGUUUGGCUGGAAUGAGGUGGAGGUACGGCUGCAGAGGGUGAUCUCAGCUGGUUAGAAUCUUGGUGCAGUGCUGGGUAGAUGCGCAGGAAACUCUUUUAGCUUUUGGACCAGGAGUUGGUGUAUGGACAUAUUUCUAAUACAAAGUAGGAUGUUGUGUCUGCAGGACUCUGAAGACUGUCUGGUGGACCAGAUGCAGUACAUGAGGUCCCUGCAGGACCUGAAGCACAUGAGCCGACCGCUGAGCGAUCCCUCUGGCCGCUCCUAUGCCAUGACCCGUGCCUGCCAGCAGAGGGCUCAGCAGCGGGAGCGCAUGUCACGCCUCCGUAGGCCCAUCUCUGAGGCCAGCACUUAUGACUCAGCUUGCUGCCUGGCCAGCCCCAUGGAGGAGGAGGAGCAGGAAGGGCAGAAGCGGUUAAUGGAGGGCUCCCCCAGCAGUGACAAGAGUCUGGAGUUUGACUCGGGCUACUCUGAGGCAUCCUGGCAGGACGAGGAUGUGGUGCUCAGGAGGACCAGGAACGUACGUGUGUCUAACUCCGCCUGCCUCCGCACCAACCGGGGAGUGGGUCCCGCCGGCCGGAUCCGGCCCAAAUCUACUUCUGACGCUUGUCUGGAGCGCUGGACGUCAUUUGAGGCGAGCAGCGACCCAGAAGACUGGACCACGUCACUGCUGAGCCGCAGCAGGAACAGACAGCCCCUGGUGCUGGGGGACAACAGCUUCGCUGACCUCAUUAAGAACUGGAUGGACCUGCCAGAGUGUCCUGAGCCAGCAGAACUCAAGCCCCAUGCUGGCCGGCGCCUGGCAAAGGACCUCCUGGUCAACAUGAGGAGGAAGCUGGCAGGGAUGUCUAAGAGCGUGGAGAUGAGGGCCAGACCAGCAGACAGCACCAGGGUCAGCAGGGCCGCGGUGGCCCCCAAACGCAUGUCCUGCCCCGUGGGCUUCCAGCCACGCAAACCGUUCUUUCACCAGUCCCACACAGGCCUGCACCAACUGGGAACAGACUUCUACCAGUUCACUGCCCUCAUGAAGACAGGCAGCCGACAACCUAUCAUAUGCAAUGACAUCAUCGGGUACGUCUGAUUGGAGUGAUGUCAAAACUACGGAUUCUUACCACAGAUUUACAUAAUGUUAUUUAAUUUUUUUUAUAUGUGAUUUAUGUUUAAAUAAUGUUGAAAUUGUUACAAUAAAAAAAUUUGUCUAUUGAAAAUA